UUGAGGGGAAGAAGAAGAUUUUUCGUUUUUAAAAAAAUUCUGGGAUCAUGAUGAGGAUUUGAAGGAUAUAUAUUAGGAUCCAAUAGAUGGCAGUAAUGCAACAACAAUGGAUGCAAGCUGCCGUUAAAUCCUAAAGAAGAAGAAGAAGAAGAAGACUCGUCAGGUCUUAAGACCAUUUCCCAGUUCUCAGUUAUUCUACUUUCCAUACUAGCAGAGGUUUGUUUUUGCUCUUUUAAACACACGUUUUCUGGGUGGAUGGCAGAUGAAAGACUUUCUUCUGCGGGAGGUAUGGACGUUGGUGUUGUGGUGACGGUUCGCCUGAUCAGGUCGUUCGAGCAGAGAAACUUCAGGCCUGUGGUGUUCCAGCAGGUCUGCCUGGAGCAGACCGCGCAGGACUUCAUGCGCUCUGUGAGAGACGAUAUUGUCUCAAGACCAGGACUUCCUCCUCCUUUCAGAAAGUAUGGAUACGACACCAUGAAGAUUAUUCACCAAGCUCAUGGAGCAAAGACAAAUGAGUUGGUAAUGAGUUUAUAUGACGACGAAAAUCUCAUUUUACAAGAUGACCAAACCCUCAGAGCUGCUGGAGUUGCUAAUGAAACAGAAGUAGGAUUCUUCAGAGAAGAAGAUUAUGUUGUUUACAAAGCAAAUCCCAAAUCUACAUGGUGACCACGGAGUGGAAGGUUACAGCCUGACUAAUCUCUGAAGCACUGGCAGGACAAUAACAAUCAGGAGGUUGCUAUUGUCCUUUGUAAUGAAAAAAAGUUGUGAUUUUUUAAGCUGUUUUUUGUUAAGCAUAUGCAACAGUAUGACACUUUGGCCUUUUAUGUUCUUUUAUCAAGAUGGUAAGCAUCCGAUAAACUUAACCAUUGAAAUGUCUUUGUUGUGAAUGUAAUUUAUAUAAAUAUGUUGAAUAAACUUUGAAAAAUA